AUGGAUCGCUUUCCGGAGGAUUAUUACCUCCACAACCUGCCUCUCCUCCUCCUCUCUGGUCUUGACGCAGAAAAUCAUAACGAUAUUGAUCCAUCACGUAAGGCGCAUAAUUUACUACAAGAAGGCGGAUUCAGAAUCAGAAUAGAUGCGCCGUUGAUACAGGGAGAUGUUGCGAGGCAAUUACAAGAAUCGUUCCGAGAACAAGAUGCGUCCAGCCUUCCCUGGCAUGCUCAAUCGGUGGCCUCAAGGAAUGGACGAGUAUUCAAGAUCACAAGCGCAUAUGCUCUACCACCGCGCAAGGCGCCGCCUCCGCCUCGUUCACCUCGUCUUUCCGCCGCUGUUGCAGCUGGAAAUCCACCACCACAACUCGUUCUCCAUUCACCACUAUCACCUUUGACACCGAGCUCUCCCUUGUAUCCUGAUGGGAUCUUCUCCCCUUUGUGGGUGUUAAAGCACCAGUCUCGCUUACCAUGUGCAUUCAUUACAUUCCUUUCAUUGGUAUCUGACCCUAAUACCAGUUCUCUUGAGGAUAACAAGUUGAAAUCGGAGAUCCACUCUGCCCGCAGUGUUAUUACUUCCACCAACUAUCGAACAAAACUUGUGACCGUUCUUAUUGGCGAUGGGCAGAUCAACCCACCCGAGCUUGAUGAUCGCAUCAGCAAUAUUCGGCGCUCUGCUGGCCUAGACUCCAAGAGCCUGUUCUUCCUUCCUUUCAACUCCUCGCCGACCGAGGUUCGAGAGUUCGUCAAUUCAGUCUUGACCUCCAUUCAUGCUUCAUGUAUAGAUUAUUACCGCGAUUUGUCAAAGCACGCUCGUCGCAAGCGUAGUAGAAAUACUGUUCCCCAACCCACUGUACAGCCAGGGAGUGCACAUGUGCUCUCUCUACCGGGUUGGAACAUCAGGUAUGAGUUCAAACUAGGUGUCUUUGCAGAGUUUAGGCAGGAGAUGGAUGCAGCCUGCCGAAGCUACGAAACGGCUUAUGAAGGCAUUUUUGGUGCUGAAAUCAUGGACACAAUUGCGGUCUGGAGUCCUCGAUUCAACGAGGCUAGACUUUUAGCCGACAUCGUCGCCCUGCGUACGCUGAGGUGUCUUAUGUGGACCGACCAAGGAUCUACUGCGGUCAAGUCCUGGAUAACACACCGAGAUCGCAUGAAAGAUCUUGUCAAUCGGAGAACAAAGGGCACAGAAAACUACGCCUGGGAAGCAUGGCAGAGUACUUGGGCCACUGUCAUGGCUGACUUGAUCUCUAGAUCGCAGUACCCGCUGCUAUUUGCUCAGAUCUCAGACACUACUAAUUUGCUGCCCAUUUUCGCCAGUUCUGAAAAACUGAUCAAUUCGACAGAAAGGACAAUCCCUUGGGAGCUCCCCCAUCAUGAAGGUUAUUGGUUGGAGAUGGCGAGACGCGCCACAGCUGCCCGUCGGUCAUGGGCACGUCAGAUUCCUGAAGAGGACAGACAGCCGCCAGGGAGGUCACCUGCACGAAUCGUUGCGAGCAAGUCACAGCUUUACGACACAUAUCUAACGUUAGAACCGUAUCGUGAGAUCCCUGUGGACGGAUCACAGGGCUAUGACUACUCUGAAGUCAUUCUUAAGACCCUCGUUACGGCCAUCGACCACUUCGCUAGACGAGGUCAAUUGCGCAAGAUUGAGAUCCUCAAGCUUGAAAUGGCCCUUGAAAAGCUCGGUACGCAGUCGUGGGAGGAAGCAAUUAUUCUUCUCCGGCCACUUUGGUCCAGUGUGUCAUGGCGAGCUGCAGGAUGGUGGAAACUGUUGCAACACAUCGGCUGGGCCUUGCAAGAUUGUGCAGUUCGAAUACAAGAUUUCGAACUCUCAUGUCGACUGUUAUGGGAGCUCUCAAGCACAGUUUUCGAAAAGCAUAACAGCCUCAACUAUGACCUGGGUGCUUUGGAUACGUCUUCUAGAGAUCAGGACGCUGUUUUUGUUGCAAUCGAUAUGGAUGCAGCUGUCUCUCCCUUGAUCCCAAGAUUCUCCUUUUCUACCCACAACGUUUCAGUAGGUACACCUCUGACCUGCCAGCUUUCUUUGGAGGCUCGAAUGAUUGAGGGGAUGCCACCAAUUGCACUGAAUGAGAUAAAAAUCAUGUUCGAAGGAAGCCUCAAACCUACUUAUCUGGUGCAUCGUGCGGAUGAUCAGCAGACAACUACCAAAGCUCACCUUAUCGACGUAGUAUUACAAGACUCGUCAACCUUAUCCAACACCACAGACAAACGAUCAUCUACAGGAACGAUCGCAACGGAAACAGGAUUUGCUGAUCUGUUUGUCCAGCCCGGCCAAACUCGGAUUUUUCAAUUUCAGGUUGUUCCACGGGAAGCAGGCGAGUUAUCGGUUGCCUCAAUAACGCUGAUGAUCAAUCAAGGGAAACUAAACCUUGCCGCAACUACAUCUAAUUUUGAGGAUUCCACUACAAAUUGGUGGGAAAUCAGAGGCGGAAGACCGGUUCUUCGACUACUUGGACAAGAAUCGAAUGCAUACAAUUCGAUUGAUGUACAACCAAAACCACCUAAGCUCCAAAUCCAUGCCCCAAAUCUUCACAAGACCUACUACGUCAAUGAGACGAUUCAAGCUGACUUUGAGCUAUUGAACGAAGAAAGUGAGGAUGCUUCUUUGUUGGUAGAGGCACGCAUGAUCAGUCCUAUUGCUGGAGCGGCAAGAGCAAGAUGGGCCUCCUCGGAGCUUGAUGACAAUCAGCCCGUGGACGAGUCUGCUGGCGGUAUCAUUACCCUGAAGGCUCAAGACUUGGGGACAAUUAAACCUGGCCAGAAGGAAAAAAUAUCACUGCUAAUCACUGAGAGCAUAGUUGCUGUUGAUCAUGAAGUCGAAAUUGUGGUCAAAUAUCGACUUGCGAACGACCCUGAAACGGUCUUUGUGAAAAGCCAGACGGUGGAUAUUGGGAUAAUCCGACCAUUUGAGGCAAAUUAUGAAUUUCUCCCCAGGCUAAAUCUUGAGACAUGGCCAAGCUUCUUUGAAGUUCCACAAACAGAUCCAGAAUCAUCGACAGCAUUAGGAUUGAAGCACCAGUAUGCGGUGACUGCCAAUCUCUACUCAUUUGCUACUGUCCCGAUUGUCGUGGAAGCAAUCUUGCUUACUGCCAGCAAGAUUGUAGGUGGUGCUGUCUGCUCCACGAGCACAGGAAUUGUACACAAGGAAGGAGACGUCGCUAAGGCCGACGCCCACGAUGUCAUUUCUUCUACAAUUCUACCCGACCAAACCGAGAAGUUCGGAUUUGAUUUGUCCGUCCAAAAGCUAGUCCUCGGAGACAGACAUACAGUUGGCAUUGACUUGGCACUUCAGAUUGGAUGGAGACGAGAAGACUCGGAUGAGGUGAAUACAACAGUGCUUGAGGUUCCCAAGCUUGUUGCGGCCAUGGCAGAACCCCGAGUGAUACUUACCAUUUCACCCACGCCCAAGGGAAAUUUGCGCAUCUACAGGCUAGAUUUCAUGCUUGAAAACCCUAGUAUGCAUUUCCUUACUUUCAAUAUAUCCAUGGACACGAGUGAGCAUUUCGCCUUUUCAGGAUCGAAAUCAGCCGUGCUCAGCUUGGUGCCUAUGAGCAGGAACACUGUCACUUAUCGGAUCAUGCCCAACAUAGAGAAUGCAUGGAUCGGGGUCAAUCUCAACGUGGUAGACGCAUAUUUUGGACAAACGCUCAAAAUUUUACCUGGGGGCGAAGGUGUCAAGACGGACAAGAAGGGAAAUGUAUCUAUCAAAGUGUAA